CCGAAACACAUCAUCAAAGACAUAGGCUCCGCCAAGGUGUUCAUUGCGCCUGUCAGCUCGAGAGGAACUCCAUUGCAGCCCCGGCUCGAAAUUGAAUCUGCGCCAUCCAUCUCACCAUGUCGCAACCAAGCCGACCUAGGAUCGGCCGCAUUCCUAGAGAUUCAUUCUCCCCCUACUUCAAAGAUAUCAAGAGCCUACCCUACCACGAAUCAACGUCCGGCCGUGGGACGGGAUCUCACCAUAGGUUGCGUCAUAUCGCCUGGAAUCCUCUAAGCACUUUCGUCGCCACCGUCACUUCGGACAAGACGCUCCGUGUCUGGAACCCUGAAAGAAAAGAUGUCAAAAACUCAACAGAGCUCCGUGGCCACCUAGCCGCCAUUGAGAAAAUAGCCUUCAACCCGGUCAAAGAGGCGGAGCUCUGCAGUGUCAGCAACGAUGGGGUUGUGAAACUCUGGGAUGUGAGGACAAAGGCAUGUGUCAACGAGAUCAAGGGCCUGGGCAACGCCCACGCUCUGGCUUGGGCCCCUGACGGCUCCUCGCUGCUCGUGGGAAACCGGCGCGGGGAAUUCUUUCAAAUAUCGCCGGCCAAAUCCGCAGUGAUCUCGUCUCGCCAGCUGCCGGUUGAUACCAAUCAAAUGGCUUUCUGCUGGAGCGGGGAGAAAGUCUUCGUUCCGACGACCGAGGGCGCGGUACGGAUCCUCUCGUAUCCCGAGCUCGAGCCCGCGUUGCACGCCAACUACGCGGCCAAGGAUGGGGAUUCAACAGAGUUUAUGCUGAAGGGGCAUACCGCCUCCUGUCUGACGACUGAACUUUCACCCACUGGGAAAUACCUCGCGACCGGGGGUGCUGACUCCAUCAUCUCCCUCUUCGACACCAAGGAUUGGAUUUGCCAGCGUACUAUUUCCCGCAUGGUCGGCCCUGUUAAAUGCUUGAGUUUCUCUUUUGACGGUUGCUAUGUGGUCGGCGGAUGCGAAGAAGGUUCUGGCAUCGAUGUCACUCAUACCGAGACCGGCGACCUCGUCCACACGUUUAAGACGGCCGGGCCGUGUGAGGCUGUCGCGUGGGCUCCCACAAGAUACUGCCUCGCUUACGGCGACUUGGGUGUGCUGCGCAUCAUCGACGCAGACAAGAAGAGCGCGCCGAAAUGAUAGAGGACCGCCUUGGAGGUAUAAGCGUAUGGGGUCAUGGGGAAAGGAGCCCGAGGGGCUCUACCCGAGAGUGGUGGGGAUCAUCUGGGCCUCUCGGCAACAACCUUUCGAGGAGGACCUUUCGAGGACCUCUCGCACUCGACUAUUGGCU